AUGAACCCAGAUCCCGAUCAUCCUCAGCUCCCCACCAUCAAGAUCCACCACCCACCUUCCCCCCACCACCACCACUCCUCCUCCACCCCCUCCUCCGCCGCAACCCCAACUCCCACCGCCGGCGCCCGCCGCAAAAUCGGAGUCGCCGUCGACCUCUCGGAAGAGAGCGCUUACGCCGUCCGCUGGGCGAAGAAAGGGAGUGAUGGGAAGCUUGGUUCUGUUAGUGAUUAUUGUCUUCAUCAUUGUGUUUGUCCUGUUGUUGUCGUUAGGUUCCCUGAUGAAGAUCGUGAUGGCCCUCCUUCUGGGCCUCUUGUUACUGUAAAGGCCGGUGGGGAUGAUGAUGAUGAUGGAGAUGUUGCUGCUCCUCAUCAUGAACACCACCAUAUCAAAGAUGAGUAACGCUUAUUGGGGUCUGGUCAAGUUCGCACUCUUUAUUACAUCAUCCAGGUACACGAAUCAAAUAGGAGUUUUAGCGGAAUGGUGGAGGAGUGUUUGUGUGUUCUAUCUUUAGCUAUCUCAGGGUUACUUGGAGUCUCUCCUGUCUUCUCCUUUUAAUGGUUUCUUCAUUAAACGAUGGAGUUUGUAUGAUUUCUGAAACCUUUGUGUUGUGUUUUUCUCAGGAAAGAAAACAGAUUAUGAACUUCAAUAACGUAUGGUAUUUUAGGUUUGUCACGGUGUGUGAGAGUGAAUAUCAAGUCUGUUUAGAUUAGAUUUGUCUUCAGUUAUUGUUUAAAUCAAAUAAAGAAUUGGUAGAUUUAUGGUUUUGGGUUUGCAUCUUGGCUCUUAUAGACAAAUCUCAAAGGAUGAAAGUUUAACUCAGAGUUGGAUGUUAAAAUGUAUGAAAUAGAACACAAAAGAAACUAAUUGG